AUGGUAACUCGAAACACCAAUAAAGCUCGCUCUGGGUCUCAGAAUGUGCCGACCUCUGGCUCCUGCUGGAACAGGUGUUUUGAACUGGUAGAAGCGGAGCACCCAAACUGUCGCUGUGACAAUCUUUGUAAGACCUACAACGCCUGCUGUUCAGACUUUAUCCAGCUCUGCCUCCGAACAGAUGGGGGCUAUGAGUGCAGCAAGGACCGGUGUGGGGAGGCUCGAAAUGAGCAACAUGCCUGCCACUGUUCUGACGACUGUCUGACCAGAGGAGACUGCUGUACCAACUACAAAAAACUCUGUAAAGGAGACACUUCGUGGCUGCAGGAUGAAUGUGAGGAGAUCAAAACUGUUGAAUGUCCUGCAGGGUUUGUCCGUCCUCCACUCAUCAUACUGUCAGUGGAUGGAUUCAGAGCUUCUUAUGUGAAGAGAGGGAACACUGUCAUACCCAACAUUGAGAAACUCAGAACAUGUGGAACACACGCUCCCUACAUGAGGCCUGUUUACCCGUCAAAAACUUUCCCUAACUUGUACUCACUGGCUACUGUGGCCACAGCGAAAAACAAUGUCGCUCUGCUGGCCUACAGCAUCUCCAAGAGGCUGGAGGAAACAGACCUACCUGAGGAGACAAAGAGCUCGCUCUGCAAGGAUGACAAUAAUCCACUGGUUCACCUGGCUCCGACACUCCCCCUCCUUGCCGGAGAAACUGCAGAAAGACCGCUGUAG